AUGGCCACGAGCGAAAAAGACGCGCUUCCGCACGCCGUCAGCUCACCCGAGCAUUCGCUGACGGACAGCAACACGCUCGAUCUCCCAAAGUCAUGGAUGUACCGGCGCAUCACCGUCGCCGGCUUCAAGCUGCCAUGGUUUGCCUCGCCACCCAUUCAGCUCGUCAUCGUCUCCUUCGUCUGCUUCAUGUGCCCAGGCAUGUUCAACGCUCUGAACGGCAUGGGCGGCGGAGGCCAGCUUGACCCGACCGCCAACAACCGGGCCAACACGGCUUUGUACUCGACUUUUGCUGUUGUCGGUUUCUUCGCAGGAACCUUUACCAACAAGCUCGGAAUCCGCACUGCUUUGUCUUUUGGCGGUGUUGGCUACUCCGUAUAUGUGGCUUCUUAUCUCUGCUACAACCACACCCAGAACCUAGGAUUUACUACUUUUGCCGGUGCAUUGCUCGGUGUGUGCGCUGGUCUGCUCUGGUGUGCCCAGGGAGCCAUUAUGAUGUCCUAUCCUCCAGAGGCUUCAAAGGGUCGCUACAUUUCGUGGUUUUGGAUGAUCUUCAAUCUGGGUGCCGUUAUUGGCAGCUUGAUUCCGCUAGGCCAGAACAUUCACACUAAGACUGCCGGUACCGUCAACGACGGUACUUACGUAGGCUUCCUUGUUCUGACCAUCAUCGGCGCCGCCCUCGCCUGGAUCAUGGUUGACGCCAAAGAUGUCAUCCGUGCUGAUGGGUCAAAGGUCAUCGUGAUGAAGCACCCCUCGUGGAAGUCGGAGAUUGUUGGUCUCUGGCAGACCUUCUUCACCGACGCGUACAUCAUCUUGUUGUUUCCCAUGUUUUUGGCCUCCAACUGGUUCUACACGUACCACUUCACCGAGAUCAACGCUGCGUACUUUAAUGUCCGCACGCGAGCCCUCAAUGGCGUUGUCUACUACAUCAUGCAAAUUGUUGGCGCUUACAUCUUUGGUUAUGCCCUUGACAUCAAGGGCGUCCGCCGAACCACGCGUGCCAAGAUGGCAUGGGGUGCGCUCUUCGGGACCAUUAUGAUCAUCUGGGGGUUCGGCUACAUGUUCCAGAAGACAUACGACCGUGCCUGGGCCGAAAACGAGAACAACGAGAAGAAGGAUUGGUCUGACCCCGGUUACGCUGGUCCUUUUGUUCUCUACAUGUUCUACGGAUUCUCCGAUGCCGCUUGGCAAACCUCGGUCUACUGGUUCAUGGGUGCUUUGACCAACAACAGCCGAAAGCUCGCAAACUUUGCUGGCUUCUACAAGGGAAUCCAGUCUGCCGGUGGCGCUAUUACCUGGCGUUUGGAUGAUAUUAAAAUCAGCUACAUGACCAUGUUCGCGACCAACUGGGGGCUUCUUGCGGGAAGCUUGAUCAUCGCCCUUCCCGUUAUUCUCUGGAAAGUCGAGGAUACUGUUGCCGUCGAGAAGGAUCUUGAGUUCACAGACGAGUCGCUUGCGGAUGUGACUCCAAAGGCUCACAUACGUAAUCAUUCGAAUGACACGGCGGAAAAGGUAUAA